AUUCUGAUUUGAAUUUGUUGAUUUUAAUGGCUAUAUUAAUAUAUACGUAUGAAUAAACGACCUCUAAAAUGUUAUUCAACUCGUCUAUGACAUAAUGAAUUUCACCGCUUUUUUAAGUUCCUGCCAAGUAGGUAAUUAAAGUAUUGAAAUUUUUUUAUUACAGUUACAUUCCAUUUAAUCGUUACCUUAUAUAAAAAAAUAUAUAUUAGUAAAAUGGCGAAUCUAGGAAAAAAACUUUUCGAACAAUUGCAAAGUAAAGAAUUUCGAACGUAUUUAAUGAGUACGCAUUUUUGGGGUCCAGUAGCUAAUUGGGGUAUUCCAAUAGCGGCUUUAGCUGAUAUUAGAAAAGAACCUGACAUGAUAAGUGGUAAAAUGACUGGAGCCCUAUGCCUGUAUUCAAUGGUUUUUAUGAGAUUUGCUUGGCAAGUGCAACCUAGAAAUUUGUUAUUAUUUGCGUGCCAUGCUACAAAUGAAGUUGCUCAAUUAAUUCAGUAUGGAAGAUUUAUUAAUUAUAAUUAUUUACAUGACAAAAAAAAGAAUUCAGCGGAUUAAAUAAAUGGUCAAUAGUAGCUCAGUAUUUUGUUGUUUUUUAAAAGAUGCUCGGUAAUAUAAAAUUUUUUUUUAAGGUAGAUAAGUUGUUUGUUUUUAUCCCAAAUAUAAAUUGUAAUGAACACUUAUGGUUUAAUUAUUAUUGUUAUAGUUAUUGAAUGACUUGAUUAUAAUAAUCGAUUGAUUUGUGUAUAAAAAUAAAAUAUUUGAUUAGUCAAUAAUGCAA